CAAACUGCAAAAUGGUGCGUGUUGCGAUCGGUAUUCUGAUCAUCUGAUUGUUUGAUGCGUUCUCUAAACUUCUGAUGUUGACGUUGUAGCAUUCCAGCUGUAUCCUUGUAUUCUGGCGAGUGCAUUCUUUGAAGAUCUGCAGAAGAAACGCCCAGCAGCAGGCGAGGAACAAUGAUCAAACUCUUCUCCGUGAAGGAGAAGCAGAAGAAGGAAGCUGCUGCAGCCAAUGGAAAGGGCGUAAAGCAGAGUGCAGGAGAACUCAGAUUACAGAAAGAUAUCUCAGAGCUCAACUUGCAAAAAGGGAUGAGCAUCAAGUUCCCAGAGGGAAAGGACAAGCUGCUGCACUUUGAGAUCACCAUGAAGCCAGAUGAGGGCAUCUAUAUGGGAGGAACCUUCACAUUUGACUUUGUCAUUGCAACCUCCUACCCCCACGACGCCCCAAAAGUAAAGUGCAAAACAAAGGUGUUCCACCCCAACAUUGAUCUUGAAGGCAAUGUGUGUCUAAACAUCUUGCGGGAAGACUGGAAGCCAGUUCUGUCCAUCAACUCUGUCAUCUAUGGCCUGCAAUUCCUCUUCCUGGAUCCGAACCCAGAAGACCCCCUGAACAAGGAGGCAGCCGAGUUGCAAAAGAGCAAUCCUCGCCAGUUUGAGGCAAACGUGCAGGCCUCGAUCAUGCGCGGACACCACAUAAACGGCCACUGGUUCCCGCCCUGCAAGUGACAGGGAUACAUGCGAGCGCGCUUCAAUUAUUGCCCCAGAUGACACCUGGCAUGGCGCUGAAUCACUCCUGGUCAUUCCACAUUGCUGGAAAAAUUCUGAGGGGUCUGUGGCUGCAAUGUAUCAGUGCGCCCAUACCACAGGCUCAUGCUCCUGUGAUCCUCCCAUUUUUUUUUGAAGGCGGGGUGAGAUUUGGCAGGGGAAUGGCUCUGUCAGCGCUGUCUCGUGGGUGUGCUAGGAAUCUCUCAGCCAAAGGCAUUUCCUGGAGUGGAGUCCUGGAGUGGAGCCAAAGGUCCAUACUUGUGAACGAGCAGACUUGAGAGCUGCUGGAUAGUGUGUAUACAAUUGUAUUAUAUACCAGUGAGUGCAACAGCUUCUUGCUUCAAGCAGCUUGGAGUGUAGGCAAAAGUUUGGAGCCUGCAGGCAGCUGACUUUUUGGAGUGUGCACACGUGGGUAAAAUAGAAUUUUGGUUGCCCAUCUGGGGCCAAGGCUUCCAGGAAAGCUUCUAUACCUGUUUGCUGGCAAGACUUAGGAAGACACCCAAGCAACUGAGUUGCUUAAGUAUGCUGUAAACCCAUCCUGAUGCGGCCUUGUGAAUUCUUCGAAGAUACCUUACACAUACGCCACAUGCACAGGAUGGAAGCAAUGCAUCCCUCUUUCUCUAGCGAACUGUCCACAGCUGUAGCAUGGUCCACAGCAUCUUCUGUGACUUGGCCACAGUUCCCCUUCUACAUAUUCAAGCAGACUUGUUUUGGUACAUGAGUCCCUCAGAAGCCCGUCUUGCGAGGCUACAAGGGCAAAUCACACAUCUACACGUACAUCAUCCGGACCUGGCCUCACAAUCAACUACCCAAGAAGGCUCUAGGAACAGUAACCCCAGCUCAAUAGAGCCAAGAAAGCACCCUGUAAUGCCGCAAAUAAUCAGCUGUAAUUGAGCAAGCCCAUAGCAUUCCGCAUGCUCUUGUUACUUCAGGGCAGCGAGCCGUGCGGUGAGGCUGUCUUCCUCAUCCUGCACUGGCGCUGACACCUUCUGCUGCGCUGCCACCUUCUUUGCAGGCGCAGAGCCCAUCUGGGCAGUGAUGUCCACGCCAAUCUCAUCCAGCACCUGGUUCAUGAGGUCGCUGGUCUCUGCCUCGGUGUCUUCGUCAUCCCAGAUGCCGUCCAGGCUAUCGUCCAUCAUCUCCUGCCCCAUCUCCAUCUUCGCAUUCUCCUUCUGGAACUGCUGCAUCGUCGCCGCGAUCUUGGCCGGGUCGUUCGUCUUGCCCAUGACCGCCAUCGCCUCAUUUGCUUUCGCCAUCGACUCGCCCAUUUUGGCUGUCACCGCGGCCGUCCCUAUGGAAGCCCUGACACCUCUGAGCUGCGCUGAGCUGGCGAGCACUUUGGUGCGUUGCCCCCGCAGCCUGACCAGGGAUUUGGCCAGCACCCGCGCGCCCUUUUCAUUGCCGUUCCUGGCCGCCUCUUUUAUCUCCUUUAUGAGCUUCUUCUCCUCCCGGUCAAUGCCCAGCAGCUCGCGGUCCAAAUCUCGCACGCCCCCAGUGAUCUCCCUUUGUGACGCUCGUACUUGCUCCUUCACUGUCGGCUUCUUCUGAAAGAGUUGCAUCGUAAGAUAAUUGGAGAUUUCAAAUAGCCUACAAGAGCUUGAUUUCUGCAGCGAAGCUAAGUACUAGGUGGAGCACAUGCGGCGUAGGCAGGUGUGCUUCUCGCUCGAACCAGUACAAGAUGGCUCUCCCUCCAUCCUCGUCGAUAACUUUGGAACCUGUAG